AUGGAUCCAAACAUAGAGGUGGUGUUCGAUGCCGAUGCGAUCGCAGCUAGAAUAAAGUCCCUAGCCGAUAUCAUCAAUCAGGACUACGCGGACACAAGAGAACUCGUGCUCGUCUGCAUCCUGAAGGGCGCAGCCAUCUUCGCAGCCGACCUCCUACGAAAAAUACGAAUCCCUUGUCGCCUGGAAUUCAUGGCUGUGUCCAGCUAUGAAGACUUUGCCAGUUCCAAUACAGUUCAAAUCCUGCUCGACUUGAAACAUGACAUAGCCGGCACCGACGUUCUUCUCGUCGAAGAUAUACUAGAUACGGGCCUGACGCUCAAAAAAAUACACGAAAUGCUGAAAAACCGAUCACCAAAAAGCCUCAAAACAGUCUGUUUGCUAAAAAAGCACAAUCAAAAAAUUUGUGUGAACAUCGAAUACGUGGGCUUCGAGCUUCACCGAGACAUGUUCGUCAUAGGAUAUGGCAUGGACUACGCAGAGAGGUACCGAGAGCUCGAUUAUAUCGGCGCAUUCAGAAACAUUGAACAGAGCCCCUGACCUCAUUGGGGAGUCGCGGCCGAGCUGUGCCUUUUCCCCUCCGCUCAUGUAUAGAAAAAUGAAAAAAAUAAGUAGCCUUUAGACUGUGCCGGCUCCCGAAA